AUAAAUAUAACAGGAAGUAGCAGCACACUUUCUUUCGGUUCACGCUCGUUUCGACGAGCCCCUCGAUUUCGACUCCUGAACAGAUCAUCAUCAUCCGCGGCUCUGUACAAAUCCGUCGUACCCCACGUCGUUUCUGCACAAACCCUCCACACCCACUUCAUAAUCUCCCCUGAAUUGCUCUGUUUUUUCUUCAUCGAUCUUCCCUUCAGAUCAAUAGGUCUCUCAAUCUCUAUGCACGUCUCCGGAUGCCCGUACAGUAAUAUUAUUGCUCGCUGUGAAUGCAGGAUAUUGGACGUAAAUUAUGCGUAUUUUGAGUUACGGCUGACAUGCACCGAGUUGUUACGUGGGUGAAAGAUUAAAGCAGCUGUGAAAGGGGUUGGGAGAUGUCGAAUCAAGUCGUGAAAGUUAGGAGAGAGACGAUUGCGGCAUGCAUGACAUGCCCGCUUUGCCAUAAGCUUUUGAGGGAUGCUACCACCAUCUCUGAAUGCCUUCAUACGUUUUGUAGGAGGUGUAUACGUAAAAAGCUCUCAGAUGAAGAGUUAGAGUGUUGUCCAAUAUGCAAUAUUGAUCUUGGUUGUGUCCCCUUGGAGAAGCUGAGGCCAGAUCACAAUUUGCAAGAUGUAAGGGCCAAGAUGUUCCCUUUCAAAAGAAGAAAAGUGAAGGCACCUGAAAUUUUGGCCCCAAUAACAUUACCUGUUAGAAGGAAGGAGAGAUCGCUCUCAUCUUUGGUAGUUAGCACUCCUAGAGUAUCAACUCAGACUACCAUGACUGGAAGAAGAACAAAAGCUGUUGCAAGAAAGGUGACUGCUUUACGAGGUUCCUCUUUUGCCAUUGGAAAGCCUGUUAAGAAAGAGGAAGAUCCUCCAGGGGAUCGUGCAGAGAGCUCAAGCUCACCAGAGACUUUGAACAGAUUUACUCAAAAUACGAGGCAGAAUUAUUCUACUGCCGAGCCAUCUAGCCACCUUGCACCUAGUGAAGAAACCAAAAAUGGACCUGAACCAUGGGAAACCAAAGUUGAUCUUUGGAAACCUCUAAAUUGUUUGGUUGAAGUAGCAAAUAGAACCAAGUCUUUUAGGUAUACUUCUCAAAGUUCUGCUGCAAAAUCAGAACCUGUAAAUGUUCCGGAUGGUGAAGUACCUGCACGUAAAAUCAAAGCUAAGGAGCAUUUACACAAAACAAUACAUAAAGCUAAAGUACAGGAUGAAAACAGCAUUUCUCCUAUCUCUCCAGGACUAGUAAAGCCUAAGAAGAUCCGCAGGGUUCAUAAAAAAGAGGCGUCUUCUUUUGGGGAAUUAGGUGUUUCACCCCAAGCUGUGCUGGAUGCUGCUAGUGCAAAAUAUGAAAGAAGAAUUGGUCCUAUAUGGUUCUCACUGGUGGCUUCUGAAGACCAGGAAGGAGAUGCGCCCUUGCCACAGAUAUCUGCAAGUUAUUUGCGAAUAAAGGAUGGGAGUAUACCUGUUUCCUUUAUCCAAAAGUACCUGAUGAGGAAACUAGAUCUGAAAAGUGAAGCUGAGAUUGAGAUCAAAUGUAUGGGCCAACCUGUAGUCCCUGAACUGCAAAUGUAUAAUUUAGUUGAUUUGUGGCUCCAAACAGCAUCAACACCACAAAGAAUAAAUGCAUUUGUUGGCUCCUCAGCGAAAGAUUUUGUGAUGGUGCUGGCAUAUGCUCGAAAGGCCCCAGCCUCUUGAGAAAAACAUCUUCAAUAAUCUCUCCAUACUUUUAUUCUUCUUAUAAUCUUCAAUAACCUACAUUCUCAGAUUUCGAGGCGAGGUUGCCAUGCCCUUCGAGCCAGGACAUCUCAUAUAUUUAGGGAACGCCUAUUUGCGUUUCGUGGUUCGCCUAUGACACUUUAAGAUACUGCAUUGCAAAAUAUGACGCAUAUGAGCUGCUGUCUGGAUACACCGAUGAAGUGUACUGUGACUGGUAACAACUUGGUUACAGAUAACUGUAGAAAUGGGCAUGUGCAGACUUUUCAUCUGUGUAGGUUUGUUUUUCAUUUUAUACAUUGUAUAAUUUUGGAUCUUGUUAAGCAUGAGUUGGUAUCAUAACAUGUGUAUUAUGAUGAUCUCAUUUUCAGUCCUUGAACAUUUCAUCCACUCGCUUGAAGCAAGAUGUUAUAAUAAUACUACAUUCAAUAUUAUUGUCAUCAUUGUGCUAUUAGUUAUAUGCACAAAUUAAA